ACCCAACAAUCACAGCCUGUCAUAGUCAGAAAGAAAAGAAGAGAUAUCGGUCAAAUCUUAAACCCAAGUAAGAAGAAGAAGCUCGUCGAUUUGAAUAAAGCUGCGAAACCCGACCACCACAAUGAUAACGAAAACGAUACCGAUUCCGACUCUGAACCUCAACCUCCUCCCACCAAAAAGUCGAAACUCGACAAGAUUUCCGCCAAGCAGUUAAAGAACAUGCAAAAGCAUGAACACGGAAUUAGACGUUUCGAAGGUUUGUAAAAUAUUAAUAAAAUACUACUUAGAUAUAUAUAGAUAGGCAUCGCCAAAUCCGGGACGACAUUUUUUCGUUAUCGCAUAUGUAAAUUUUCAAUAUGGAGACAUCCACCUAUACAACCCCAUAGUAAUCCCAGUAAUUAAGCAGUCGAUAUGGAUACCCUCAACGUGUCGACUGUUAAGAACGUAAUCUUAAACAGAAGAGGGUAUAGCAUUACUGGUACACUCAUAUUAUCACCGUAUCAUCUUGUGUUCAGCUUUUUACCUCCACAGUCUUCCACCUCCACUUCCAGUUCCAGUUCCAACUCGAGCUCUACUUCAACUCUUAUUCAACCUAAAGAAAUAUGGAUAUGUUAUCCAGUUAUAGAGAGAUUGUCCAAAUCACGAGGCUCCUCCUGGAUCAGUAAUGCUUCAAUUACUAAUAAUUUAUCCAAUAAUGGGUCGGGUGAUAGUGAAGAUAUUGAAAAGUCCGAAUCGGUUCUACCGAAAUUAAAUAUACCAGAUUUCGAUCAUUAUACUGCUUCACAUAUACGAUUACAAUGUAAAGAUUUUACAUUUUAUUCAUUUGAUUUUCUUAAUGAUUUAGUAUGUACUGAAGUAUUUUCUAAAUUGAGUUUCCUUAUUACAGUUCCUAAGAUUGAAAAUGAUAUUCAAACAUUAUAUGCAUAUGAUUAUCAACCCAAUACUUUAGAGAAGAAAUUAUUAAUAAAUGGGUGGAAUAUAUAUGAUCCUAUACAAGAAUAUAAACGAUUAGGAUUAUUACUGGAUGAUGAUAAAUAUUGGCGAGCAUCUAAGAUUAAUCAUGAAUAUAAAUUUUGUCCAUCAUAUCCUAAUAUACUUAUUGUUCCAAGUACUAUAUCUGAUAAUGUAUUAAAACAUACAGCUAAAUUUAGAUCUAAACAAAGAAUUCCUGCUGUGGUAUAUAAACAUAGAAAUGGUAUUAAUGGUAAUGGAAAUGUUAUAGCUAGAUGUUCUCAACCUUUAGUAGGAUUAAAUUUACAAAAUCGAUCAAUUCAAGAUGAAAAACUUAUAGCAGAAAUAUUUAAUAGUCAAGAAAAGGAAAGGAAAAAUGUAAUUUCUGAAGAUAGAGAAUUACAAAGUCAACCUCAAAAGAAUUUAUUAGUAGAUUUACGACCUUUAACAAAUGCUAUGGCUCAACAUGCUCUUGGAGCUGGGACUGAAAAUAUUGAAAAUUAUCGUGGUAAAAGUCCAAAUUCUGAUAAUAAUGGAGGAGAUUCUUCUACUAAUGGAUCAAUUGAUGGUGAACAAAGACAAGUCAAUAAAAUAUUUUGUAAUAUUGAUAAUAUUCAUGUUAUGAGAGAUUCUUUAAAUAAAUUAACAUCUAUAUUAAAUGAUUUAGACAAAUUCCCUGUAUCCAAUAGUGCUAAUAAGACUCAAAGUUCAUAUCCAUUAUUACAACAAUCAUUAACGAAAACUAUGUGGUUACAUCGUAUAUCAAUUAUUUUACAAUCGGUGGAUAGAAUUACUAAAUCUAUUCAUUUUAAUAAUACUAAUGUCAUUAUCCAUUGUUCUGAUGGAUGGGAUCGAACAUCUCAAGUAUCAGCAUUACUGCAACUUUGUUUAGACCCUUAUUAUAGAACCAUAAAGGGAUUUAUGGUAUUGAUUGAAAAAGAAUGGGUUAGUUUUGGAUUCAAAUUUUCAACUAGAGGUGAUCAUGGUGGUUGUAUAGGUGCUAUACUUAAAAAGGAACCUAAACAAUCAAGAAUUGAUCCUAAUGAAACUAGUAGUGAACCAGUUCCAGCAACUUCAUCAACAACAUCUUCAUCAGAGCCAAAUUUAAACUUAAAUUCUGGUGGAGGGUAUGGAAGUACAGUAGCAUCAUUUCUUCAAAGAGCAGCAACUCAUAUUAAGAAUACAGCAGCUAAUUCUCCUUUGCUUUCUGAUAGUGAUCUCCUGGAUAGUAGUAAAUAUCCAGGAAGUUCUAUUUAUACUGGAAGUAAUGAGAAAUCACCAGUUUUCCAUCAAUUUCUUGAUUGUGUAUAUCAAAUUUAUAGGCAACAUCCUUCCAAAUUCGAAUUUAAUAGUCGAUUUUUAAAGAGACUAUUCUAUCAUUAUUAUUCAUGCCAAUAUGGAUCAUUCUUAUGUGAUUCAGAAAGAGAAUUAAGACAUAUUCGUAAAGUUCAAGACAAAACGGUAUCGGUAUGGGAUUAUUUCAAUUCUCGGCCUAAAGAAUUCAGUAAUUCUCAGUAUUUGAUACAAACUGAAACUGAAGGAGAUGGAGAAAUCUUCUUUAACUUUGCCGAUGUUAAAUGGUGGUACGAAUUAUAUGGCCGAUCAGAUGAAGAGAUGAAUGGAUUAUCUAAUUCACUUGAUCGUAAAUUUGCCCAAAUGAAGCUUAACCGUGCAGCAUCUCCUGCCAAUAGCACUACCAAUGGAACUACUAUUAAUGGUAGUUAGUUACUGUACUGUACUGUAUACUAUAUAUGCUCUAUGUCUAUUAAUGAACAAAAGCGAUUGUCGCAAAAUGCUCAACGCCUAUUUUUUUCCCCUAAU